AUGUUUUCGUCGAAGGUCGAGUUAAAACGAGCUUUGCACAUGUUGGUUAUAAAAGAGAAGUUUGCGAUAAAAGUAAAAAGGUCAUGUAAAGCUCGUUAUAAGGUUGGUUGCAAGGACAAGGCAUGCAAGUACAAUGUUCGUGCAACGAAGUUACCUGAUAGAGGAGAAUAUUGGAAAGUUCAAAUAUUCCACAAAGUACACACUUGUACCGUUGAUGGUUUGCAAGAGUGGUUUCCAACUAUGAGUACGAAGAUGAUUGGUGAACUUAUGUCACACAAGAUUCAGGCUAAUGGAGUAGCAUUGAGACCUAAGGACUUAAUUUAUGAGAUGAGGGUUCAGUGGGGAUUUGAAUGCUUGCAUGUGAUUGCAGUAGCUACUGAUGAGGAAGAGAGAUUCAAAUAUUGUUUUUGGUCAUACGAGGCUUGUAUUCGGGGGUUUAGAGAUGCAAUGCGUCCUAUGGUUGCAAUUGAUGCGACACAUCUGAAAGGCAGGUUCAAGGGUAUUCUGUUUGUCAUUGUAUGCAAAGAUGCAAACGAGUGCGUAUAUCCAGUUGUGUUUAGCAUCGGCCAUGUUGAGGACAAAGACUCGUGGAUGUGGUUUCUUAGCAAGCUACGUGACGCGCAUGCAAGACAAAUGUCGAUCACUGUUUUGAUCGAGUUCAUCAGAGACAUGUUUCAGCGUUGGUUCCAUGAACGGUACGAGGAGCUCGUCCAGGUGACCACGCCCCUCAGCCCUUGGGUUACCAGUAAAUACAAUCGUGAAGCCAUUGAAUUCUGCACUGACUACUACAACAAAAUCGUUUUCGUGGAGGGUUAUUCAGGAUCCAUUAUGCUGGUAGGGCAUCCUAGUGAGUGGGACAUCCCCCCUUAUGUGAAACAAAUUGUCGUCGUGCCCCCACCUUGGCGAGGCCAAGCAGGAAGACCUAGGAGAAGAAGGAUUCCAUCAGCUGGUGAAGACAGUUGA